UUUUUGCUCACCACAAAAAGGGGAGAUGAUGCAAUAGCCCAUCCCCCAUCUCAAAAAGCGGGGAGAUAGUAUCCCAUCCCCCAGCAUUUACGCCCACUGGUUUGACAUUAUGCGAGAACGGCACGUCCACAUUAAUUGCGAUACGGUGGGUGUGUCCUGAGUCAAGGCCUUUACGUCAGGAAACCUUUACGUCGAUGUGCCUCUCUUGGCCCAGCGCGCUAUUAGCCCAGCCCUUUUCCACCCUUUGGACUACUGUGCAUCACCAAUCAGCGGGUAUAUGCAAAUCUUUGCAAUUAUAACUACUACCAUCAACCAAUGGUAAGUAGAUGUAAUGAUCAUUCGCAGGGGUCCAUCCCUCGACCGUUGGCCAAUCGCAUUGCAAGUUUGAAUUAAUUUCCACUGCUCACAAACGAGAUAAAUCUUAUAAAUAGUGAGUGGAUCUCAUGGGGUUCUUUUUCGCGACAGACCGAAGAUCGAGGGAACAGUAACGAACCGAAAAGAGAGCUGCAGGGAAAGUUUGUAUAAACGACUGAAAAAAAUGGCGAAGACGUGGAUAACAUUCAUUGUUUUAUCAGCUCUGAUCUCUUCGACAUUUGGGGCCAAAUAUGGGAAAAGGAUUGGUGAAUUCGGAACCCGAUCAACCCACGGCGUGUCCGGAACAGUUUUUGCUGCCAACAAGAGGACCAUUGUCAUUGAGCGAUUUUCAUUCGAUGGAACCGCCAAUACUGUGUUUUUGAUUGGCAAAUCAGCCACUCCUUCAACAAAUGGCACCGAGGUUCCCGUCGUUCCCCUUGGAGGAGCAGCUGGUGACCUAGGAGAAUACCUCAGUGACUUGUUGGUGUUAGUCAUUCCAGGCAUUGACUUCAUCUCUGAAUAUAAGUACAUUGCAGUCUGGAACAGAGACAACCAGGGAGAGAGUUAUGGCUCUGUCGCCAUCCCGGAUGACUUUAUUCCCCCUGCCCCUCAUGCCCUGGGAGAUGACGUCCUGGUGGAGAAGUCACACAAGAUGUCAGUGGUGAACAUCAUCGUGGAGGACGCCAAAACGGUCAGCUUCAUUGGGUUAUCCUACGAUGGACUGGGCCCAGCCGUUUUCUUCUGGGCGGGUCACGCGGCCAAGCCAGACAUUAAUGGAACUGCUCUGCUGUGGAGAGAUACCGUUAGCCAGCUGGUUAAGCAGAUCUUCCGUGCUGAGACCGUCACCGUAAGCCUCCUGCCAGGCAACCCGACCAUCCCUGAUUAUUCCUACAUCAGCAUGUGGUGUAGCAAGUUCCACGUCAGCUUUGGGCAUUUCUCUCCUGUCAACACCAGUUCCUGGAACGUUCCACCAUCGACCGACACCAUUCGGGUUUAUGACAACUGCCAAGUCUUGUCAGCGGACCAUCUGCAGGUCCGUUGGUCUGUCAAGGGGGGCGUCAUCGAGGUUCAACUCAGCGGCAAGAUUCCCCCUAACUCCUUUAUGGCGUUCGGUGUGAGUGGUGGCACUCCCGAAGUGAGGGGCUCCGAUGUUGCCGUGGCCUGGGUCAACUCACGCAACAUGACACCAACGGUGGUGGACUACCACAUGCAGACUCAGUCACAGUGUUCCAUGGGAUCUGGGGCCUGUCCAGACGAUGUUGCUAAACCUACUGCAGGCACCACUGAUGUCGCUCUGACAUCAUCCUCCACGCUGGGUGGAGUCACACGCAUCUCUUACUCCCGUUACCUAGACACAGGUGAUCCCCUGGAUAAGGUGAUUCCCACAGACAAGUCUGUCUACGUUGUCUGGGCCGUUGGACCAGUCAAGGAUGGUCACACUGCUCUCUUUAACCAAGACACCAUUGUGUCAGCCUCGACACAGAUCAAUUUUGGCCGUUCUCCUAGCGACACCUGUCCUGAACUCAUCAACAUUCCUCCCUAUGGGGCUGAGGAACCACCAGCUUGGCCGACCCUGGAGAUCCAAGACCGAGACCAGUUCAGGUUGGAUAUUGGGCCAGCUGGUGGCGUUAGAGGAUACAGCGCGAUUACAGGAAAGAGAGGUGGCUGGAAAUAUUCCUGGUACGUCGACGGCCUUCUGGUUCCCGUUAUCAAGCUUCAAAGGGGGAAGAGAUAUGUCUUCAAUGUUUUCGGGGGUAAUGAUCCGAUGGACCCAGGUCACUACCAUCCCUUGUAUCUGACUAGCAGCGACAGAGGGGGCUAUGCCCAACUCUCUGAGGAAGAGAAAAAGGGAGAGGUGAUAUAUGCAGAUAAACAAACUGGUCCGCUGUGUCGGUACAUUGAUGAUGGCAGCCACCCUGACGACUUUGAGAGCUUUGGGGGGUACCAGGCUCACCUAACACUGGACUGCAAUGAGAGGGUCAUCGGGGGACUUCUGGAGUGGACACCGGACAGUUCGACGCCAGACACCGUGUAUUACCAGAGUUACACCCACUUUGGCAUGGGCUUCAGGAUCGACAUAAGCUCCUCUGCAGCAGUUCCCACAGUAUCUGUUAGGCUGGUGAUAGGUUUGCUUCUGGCCGCCACGCUGAAAUAGCUACUAACAAAAAAAAUCGUUGGCGCUUACAAGCGGCAUAAAGUUUACCAAAUGUUAGCACAAAUAGCCCACAUUUUUCUUUUGACACAAACUAUGUAGUUUACAUAUAUUUAUGGACUACCUAUAUAAAAGUGAUUUUAAGACAAAUAUUACAGUGUUUACAGGGGCAGAUCCAGGGAUUUCGGGGGAGGGAGGGGUCAAGCCUGUCAGAUGUUUAAUUAUCUUUUUUAUUCGUACUUUUUUUUGACUUUGGUGUUAAUGCAGGAGGUUUGCCUCCCCCCCGGCGAUCUGCACCUGACUACCAUGUAUUUCAAUGCUGAAAUGUUAAGCAAGAACAUGACAAAAAUUUAACAAAUUCACAAUUUUAAUGGUUUUUUUAUAGAUAAAGGUGAAUUGCAUUGAAGCAAUGUUGAUUGUGAUGCAGUUUGAAGAUUUUGUUGUAUUGAAAGGGCCACAUGUACAAGUUGGUUGGAAGUGUUUAUCAUAGUUAACUAAUGAGCAGUUGAGAUUUUGAGCAUCGUUCUCCGUUGCAAGCAUUUAAUGUAAUCUUCACAGUACUGUAUUUUUGAAAUAGGCUUUGGAAUCCUGUGUUGUACAUGAUGGCUUGAACCUAGGAAGAUCACAGUAUGUUUCUUGGCCUAGAAGUGCACCUGCACGGCUCAACUCCCGCCUACUUUUUUUGUUAUGGUGAAUUCAUUUUAGUGUCAUUAAUUUGCUUUCCUGAUGGCUCAUUUCUACCCAUUAAGGAUUGAAAUUUUAAUGGAAGCAAUCCCGUUUUGUGGAUGUGAAAUGAAAGUCCAGGGAUGAAUCCUAUUCGUAUUAUUUUUUUGUUUUAAAUAUUUAGUGUGUUUUUGCACGAGUUUUAAAUAAAUAAAAAGUGGCAUUAGUCAUCGUAUAUUGUCAA